AUGGAUUAUCAUGCGAUUCACGGUCAUGACAGAGCCAGCUUUGACACAUCUGGUGCCCACCGAUUACCAACCGUCUCGGCUUCCCAGGCCCUGGAUGAGCUUGGAGGCGACGCGUCAAACCAUGUCUCUACAGGCCUCGAGGAUCUAGAUCAUGCUCUUGCGGGCACAGUAUCCGUUGACUCUCAGGAUUCUACCCCAAAAGGUGGUGUUCAUCGAGGCCAGGUGACAGAAAUUUGGGGCCCCCCUGGAACGGGGAAAACUGCCUUGGGGCUAAAGGCGGUCAUCAAGACUAUCAAGGACGAUCAAGGCGAUUCAGACGUGGAAGCACAUGAUGUUGAGGGUGACGCUGGUCGAUUCCUUCAUUAUUCAUGUCUGACUCUUCCUCACUUUGUUGCCCUCAUCUCACGACCUACUGCCAAGGUUAUACCAGCCAAUACUUCGCUGGUGGUUAUCAGCUCCCUAUCAGCAUUAGUCAACUCGGCUCUGCCAAAAUCGCAUGAUGGCAAGGCUAUUUCCAAGUCUGCCAAGGGUAUUCCCUUUACGAAACGGCUACAGGCACUGCAGUCCAUCAUGAAUGCUCUUCACAAACUUGCGGCCACUAGGAAUUGCGCAGUUGUAAUCUUGUCUCAAUGCGCGACCAAGAUGCACUCGGAAAGGGGUGCAACGUUGACCGCGGCAGUUAAUGCCACGGUUUGGGAGCAAGGGGUCUCUACACGGCUUGUCGUGUUCCGAGACUGGGUCUGGCAAGAGGGCAAGCUUGCGAGCGUGUUCCUCGCAGGUCUGCAAAAGGUGGAUGGAAAGGCGUCUCAGGAGACCGUGGAGAACGUAGUCGCAUUCAAAGUGGAGUUGGACGGCGUGGCCCAGAUUCCCUACGAAGCGAUUCAAUCAAUUGAGCUGGCCAGGCACAAGCGAAAGCUUGGCGAGACGGAGCUCGAAGUUCCUGACAGCGAGGACGACGAGGACUACGGAUGGGCAGAUGAAGACGAAGCGGCUAUGCCGGCCCCGCCACCUCAGUGGCAAGGCAGCGAGGAUAUCCUCCUCGGCCAGGAGGUUGGAAGAAGCGAGGGCGAGAACAGUGAUGGAGAUGAUGAG